AUGCUCCAGCCUCCACUCCCAAGGCUACUGACGACAGAACAGCCUGGGCAGGGAUUGAGGAUUACAAGAUAUUAUCGGUCUUCACCCAACAUGUUUUCCUCACCAAACACAAACAAAACCACCUUCCCCAGGAACAGAUACGGCAACUCAAUGUCAUCUACAUACACCACCACAAAAAUGUUUACUAUCUUCUCCAACCUACCCUCAGAGUUACGAGUUAAGAUAUGGCAACAAGCUUGUUUCCCACGCACAUUAACACUCACCUACAACUCCACAAUAUCCUCAUUCACCAGCACAACUCCACCUCCUACCCUUCUCUCGGUCUCUCGCGAAUCCCGCCAUGAAGCCCUCCGCAUCUACACGCUCUCCUUCGGCACCACCUCCCAACCACCACAGACAUACUUCAACCCCCUCUUCGAUACGCUUUACCUCCCCCGGCACCAAGAAAUGGGCUACGACGAAACGCUCCGCGAUUUCCGCCAACUCGUCCACGAUCCUUCUUGUCUACUCAACCAAGUCCGGUACGUUGCCAUCGAUCAUGUAAACGUGGACGUCAAGCGGCCCUGGGAGUCCUACAAUAAAGCGGUCUUCCUACGCAGUUUCAAGCACCUUGAUGAAAUUGCACUGAUUCUCAACGCAGACGGGACAGGAGCAGGCGACAUCUCACCACCUCUUCUAUCGCCCUCUCAAACUACCGAAAUCAAGAAACAAAGCCAAGUCAAGCUCAUCUUCGAAGAGCUACGCAUUGAUCCAGAGCGCCUCCUCAAGAUCUGGUAUUAUUUCCGCCAGAGCUUCAUGAUUGAGGAACGACUGCUGGAAGAUAUAUGUCGUGAUUCAGGGAGAGAGUAUCAGGCUUUCGAAUUACCUACUGUGCGUAUCCUGGCUAAGGGGUUCGAGGAUGUGGGAGCUGUGACUCGGUCUACUUCCAAUGAGUUCAAAGCGGGCAAGCAUAUGCAGGCUGCACUGGACAUGAUGCGGUCGUGA